UAUUUUGCUGCUAUGCAUUUUGGGUAAAAGAGUUUCAACAGACAUGGCGUCUCGGGUACUCGUGCACUGUGUCCGCUCUGUAAGGUUAUUACAGCAUAGCGGGGUUAUAAAAUCCGCCAGCCAGAGAUCACUGAGUCUGGUUCCAGCGAAAUGGACGCAGCUUGUACGGGUCUCCAGUCCUGCUCUGCAGCUGUGUCGGCAGUACUGCGAUUCAACGCCACUAACCCUGCAGAGCAUCGAAGAGCGCGUCAUGAACGUCCUUAAACUGUACGACAAGAUCAAGCCAGAGACGCUUGAGUCAUCAUCUCACUUUAUGAAGGAUUUGGGACUGGACAGUUUGGAUCAGGUGGAGAUUAUCAUGGCGAUGGAAGACGAGUUUGGAUUUGAGAUUCCGGAUGCAGAAGCAGAAAAGCUCCUGACUCCUGCAGAGGUUGUACAGUACAUCGCGAGUAAAAAGGACGUGAACUAAUAAGCAAGGCUCGCUUUCCAUGCAUCAAGAGUUUUCACCUGUACCAUUUCUCUCCUGAACAUCUUUCUGUCUCUGUCAGCAGUUUUGUGUAAUGUUUAAUUAAAAAAAUUGUCAUGCAUAUUUGAACAAUAAACAGAAAUCUAAAGUA